AAGAAAGAACGAAAGGUGACCCCAUCAACAGUGAAGUACUUCUCAUUAACUAUCCGUGGAAGAAAAUGAGUGCCGGUGGAAAGCUUAAACACACCCAGCAGAGGUCUAAUGAGAACAUAAAGAGCUUUUUCACCCCCUCUCAAAAGACAAUGGGACCCCCCAGGCAAUCCCUGCAAGUCCUCCAACUCUCAGCUGUCAACAAAGACUUGGGAAGAUGUCAGGCAGGAAAGGUCAUUCCUAAACGGAAACAGUGGAGCGCAGAACAAACCAGAGGUCCAAAGAGGGUGAAGGUAGAAGUCAAAUCGACCCAAACAGAAGAAUCUCAGUGUUUGACAGAUGGCAUGUCCAAUGAAGCAUAUGAACUCAUGGUCAAAGAAACGCCACCCUCCUCUUACUGGAAAGAGGUAGCAGAGGAGCGAAGGAAGGCCUUGUACAAUGUUCUACAGGAGAAUGAGAAGUUACACAAAGACAUCGAGGCCAAAGAGGAACAGAUAACACAACUUAAGGGUGACAAUGAAGAACUGCAAGAGCUAGCACAACAUGUGCAGUACAUGGCUGACAUGAUUGAGAGGCUGACUGGGAAGAGCCCAGACAAUCUGGAGGAAUUGAGGGAGAUGGCCCUUGAUGUGGAAGAUGAAGAUGAGGCAGUAGAUGACAGCGACGUGGCCAGUCACAGUGAUGACGAGGAGGAAGACUCUGAUUGCUAUCAGAGUGAUGCAGAGGAAGAACAGACCUCAGACCAUGAACAAGCGGGACCCUCAGAGCAGGAUUAAUUGACAACUCUGGCAACUCCAUGGGACAUUGACCUUCUUAACCAGGUCAGCAGAUUUUAGCCGUGUGCUUCUGCAGCCUCAAGUAGCCAUCCAUUUUUUUUCUUUUUUUUUUUAAAAAAAAACCUGACUUCAACCUGAAUUCUUGAACACCUGUAAUUUUAUAAUUUUAAAGCCUUGAACAGAAGGGGCUGUCAUCUUUUUACAUUAUAUUUAAUGUUUGCUAUAAACGCCUGUGUUUUCUCUACUGUGUUGUGGAAAAAGAUCUAUUGUGGCAAUUUUUUUUUUUUUUUUUUUUUGCACCAACAGAUGGUAUUAAAUUCACUGCCAUAUGUGGCCCAGAGUACAGCCUUCAAGUGUUUGUUUACAGUGUAAAAUUGUAAUGUUAUGGCAGAGUUGUGUACAUAUGGUUAAUGUAAAAUAAACUUAA